GUCUCAGUCUCUCAGGUCAAACUAUACGUGUUGAAACUAAAAUUUUACCAUUGUAUAAUUGUAAUAAAUUUCAGAAAUUGUAACUAUUAUAUGUAACAAUUAAGAACAUACAUUUAAAAAAGUGUAAAAACAAAAAUCGGAUUCAUUAAAAUAGAAACUUAUAUUUAAAUGUGAAUUUCAUAAGUAAAAAUGGAUAACGCACUUGUGGUAAACAAUUGUCUUAUUAAAGAAGAACUAGAUUUAACAUUAGAAGAAGAAGAAGAAGAAGAAGAAGAAGAAGAAGGAUUAGAAGAAGAAGAAGAGGAGGAUGAAGACGAAGAAGAAGGAGACACAGAUUUUCUAGUUGAUAAUAAUUGUGAUCAAAAUGAAAAUGAUGUAAAUAAUCCCGAGGAACCUCGGGUAAGAAGGAAAAUAAUGAAAAAUUUUUACGAUUUUGUCUAUGGCGAUCCAGCGGAUCGUGUUCUAAGACUUGGAUGUCAAGUAUUUAAAUACUGUAAUUUUAGUUGUAAACACUUCACCCAAGAAGCUAGAAAGGAAAUUUUUCAAUAUUUCUGGGGUACAUUAGAUAUUAAAGAAAAAAUGGAAUUUAUUUCCUCUCAUAUUUGUAUGAUUCACCAGAACCAAAAACGAACUCGUAGGAAUUAUUUUUUUAGAUUUAAUGAAAAAAUGAAUAAAGUUUGUUAUAGAACAUUUAUCGAUACAUUGGACAUAAGUCGUUCAUGGAUUAUGUUUUCAUUAAAGAAUUUAAAUCGUCACGUGAAUGAUGCGACAAGUCAAUCUUUAAGUGAAGGUUAUGUAAAAACGAUGGCUCAAGAUAAAAGAAAUAAAGUACAUCGUGUAGAGAAUGUUGAAAAUAAAAAUACUUCACAAUCAAAACAAGAUGCUUUGGAUAGAGUUAAAAUUCAACAAGAUUUACAAACAAUGUCCUUUAAGAAGAGAGGUAAAAAUAAGCCUCUAUCGAAAAUUCCAAAAGAAAAAGAAUUUGAGACAAUAAUUUUGGAUAAUAAUGAAAGUUCUCCUUCUGAAAAUUCUGAAACGAAGACGGCUGAAGAUAAUGAAGGCAAUUCGAAAGAAAUUAAAGAAGAGAAAGAAGGCAGUAAUUCGAAAGAAAUUAAAGAAGAAGAGAAAGAAGACAGUAAUUCGAAAGAAAUUAAAGAAAAAGAGAGUGAAGAUCCCAACAAAUUAGGCGACGGUAGUUCCAGUUCAAUAGAUUUCAAAAAACCAUGUGGUACAUGUGCCGCAUGUGUCUACCCACUAGAAAAAAGAAAACUCAUUGCCCAAACUUUAUGGAAAAAAAAAUCUUAUAAUGGAAGAAUUCAAUAUCUAGUGAAAUGUAUUAAAAUCACUGAAUUUAAAGCACAAGCAUAUACAUUCGAAUUUUUUCUCAAAUUUAAUCCACCAGAAUCGGAAAGUGUUUGUGAACAUGGAUUUCAAAAUACAUUGAGAAUUUGUAACGAUUUGUUGAAAGAUGCAAUGAUGAGAGUAAUGGAAGGUGCUAAAAGUGUACCUCAAAGUCAAAAUAAAUUUACAGUAAACCUACAGAAGAAAGCAGAGAGUGCAUAUGAUAAAAAAUUGGCAUAUUUUUGGAAAAAAGCAAAGAUAUUCAAAAUUGUUUGUCAAACACGAACAAAACUUCGAAUCGAACAAAGUAAUGGCAUGUUAUUUUGUAACGAUGAAUGCUACUUAUAUUGUCAAAUGACAAAAAGUCAAUGGUUUAGUAUUUCCAAUGAAUUCUGGAGAAUUGAUUCAAUCGCUGCUUUACGGAAAUUCAUUUUAAAUCAUAUUCAAUUUUUCUCAUUAUCAAAUAAACCAUGUCGGAAAUAUUUUUUAAAAAUUGAUAAUAUACUGACAGAAGUUUGUAGAUAUUUUUUCCUUGAAACUCUAUCAAUUAGAGGUGAAUUAAUUGAAAUGAUUGGCAUGGAAAAUAAUUCGGAAAUAAGAGGUUCGAAUGAAAGAACAAGGGGAGAAUUACCUAUUGCAGAGAAAAAUUAUUUGACCGAACGAAAAAUGAGUUUGCCGUGUGAUGCGUUUCAUCAUCAUAGAUGUCGGCAGAUUUCAGAGCGGCAAAGAAGGAAUUUAUUUCGAUAUUUUUGGAUGUUAAAAAGUGAUUUGGCACGGUACUCGUAUAUUGCAAAGCACGUGCAAGUAAUAGAAGAUCAUUUUUUGAAGGGAAAUUGUCAAUUAUUUUACUUUUUGGAAAUUAAUGAAGAACGUUAUAAAGUUUGUCAAAUAAUGUUCGAGUCAACAUUCGACAUUGAUGAUAAAUGGAUUAAAAGAGCUCUCAAUAAAUUGAGUCUUGCACCAAAGGAAGUUGAAAAGAAGACAAUAAAUUUGACCCUCAAGAGAUCAUUAUCUCCGGAUUUAAUUUUACGAAAUGUUAAAAAAAUUGCUUAUUCUCAGUCGACAGCAACAAAAGAAUCUGAGGCACACGAUCCUGAAAUUAUUGAUAUUUCCAAUGAUUCCAUCGAAGAUUCGGUUGAACCGGAAGAUGACGAAAGUGUAGAAGCGAAUUCAAUAUUUGAUAUAUUGCAGCCAAUGGAAAUAAAAAAGGAAGAUGAAGAAAGGAUAGAAACACAAACAGGCGAAUUAUUACCAAUAAAAUCGGAAUUAGUUAAACUGGAAGUAAACGAAUCGUCAGAAUUUAAUCUCGUGGAAAAUUUGAAUACCGAAGAAGAAGAAGAAAUAGAAGAAGCAGAAGUAAAAGAAGAAGUAAUGUCAGAAGACGAGAUAAUAGAAAUAGAUUCAAAGGGCGAGAAAGUAAAUAAAAAUGAACAUAAAAUUGAUUCAGAAGAACUAGCAGAAACAUUAGAUUCCAUAGACAGGUUAUCAGAUGAAGAAAUAAUAGAAAUCAAUUCAGAAGACGAAGAAGAAAUAGGAAAUAAAUCAAGUGUUAAAACUCAAAUUUACGUGAAUGAUAGAAUAAAAUUCCCCCUCUCCCGUAAGUUGAAGGGUAAAUUUUGCAAUAACAAUUGCAAAAACAAAUGCUACUUCAUCAACGAUCACAAGGAUCAUAUUUUCAAUUAUUUCUGGAACAUUGGAAGUCGUUAUCAUAAAUUUGAAUUCCUCUCAAGAAACGUUGACGUGGUGCCAUUUAUGAUUUCAAAAUCAGUUAAGAAUGAAGUAGUAACAGAAGUAAUAACAAUGAAUUUAAAUUUUUUCCUCGAAGUUCAAGAAAAUCGCAUCAUGGUGUGUCAAGAGACAUUUUUAGCAAUUUUAGGCAUUAAAAUCGAAUGGAUUCACAAUGUUUUGAAUUAUUUUGGGAGAAAUUUGGAAAAUGUUACGAAAAAUCACACAAUGUGUUUGAAUUCACUAGAGGGGAGGGAUAUUUCAAAGGCAAAAGUCGACAAUGGAGUGGCAUUUGAAGCAGGAUUACCUUAUGUGACCACUAAGGGUACAACUGUACCAGGACGAAAAGUGAGAAAAGGUUGUAACGAUUGUGAUUAUGAGUGUAAAAGUAUCACGCAUAGGCAGAGGGAAGAGAUUUUUCACGAUUUUUGGAAUAUAUCGAAUCGUCGUAGAAAGUACGACUAUCUUUGGGAGCAUAUUAAAAAAAUAAGAUUUGAAGAUUGGAGCAAUAUUUAUAAUGUGAAGGAAUUUUAUUUCGAUGUCGAUGGAAAAUCGAAAGAGGUUUGUCCUAUAACGUUCACCGCAACAUUGGACAUUGAUGUUGUUUGGGUUGAAAAAUUGGAACAGUUGAGAAAUUCAGUUUCGUAUUAACAAUUUUUGUGAGAAAGAAAAAUCUGCUAAGAAGAGAUUUUCUUCUAGUUUCAUGAAUUAUGUGAUCUAUAUUUAUAGGAAGUAUUAAAAAUUUGUCGGAACAAAUAAAAUCGUCGGUUUAUAAAUAUUUCUAAA